GUUAGCUUUGAUUCAGGUACAUUACUACGGUUAUCUACACGCCGUCACUCCAUCUAUUCUCAUCUUUUACUUUGGUCUGUAAGUAUUGUGCAUUAUUAUUCUCUCCAAAAAUAUAUCUGGUCUGUAACUCCCCUCUCUCUAUCUAUACACAUAGAUAUGUAAAAUGUGUUUUUUUUUCUCUCCCCGUCUCUCUGUGACUGUAUCUGCCUCUCUCCAUUUAUGUCUCAGUCUCUAUCUCACACUCUAUAUGUGUACCUUUAUAUAUAUAAUUAUUAUUAGUGGUACUCCCCUCACGUGGGCAUACGUCUGUCUGACUCUAUGCAUCUGUAUGUUCCAUUCUCACCGUCUCUCUGUCUUUAUCUGCUUUUCGCCGUUUUUGUCUCAGUCUCUCUCCGUUUCUGUCUCAGUCUCUCUCUCCUCCUCUCUCUCUCUCUCCUCUCUCUCUCUCUCUCUCUCUCUCUCUCUCUCUCUCUCUCUCUCUCUGUGUGUGUGUGUCUCUUUCUAAUUCUAGUCUGUCUGAGUGAAUGGAUAGUGUAUCACAAAAGUUUCUCUUUGCAUACAAAAAAUGUAUAAACAACAAUUACAAACAAUGUGUAUACAAUCUCUCUCUCUCUCUGUCUUUAUCUGCUUUUCUCUGUUUUUUUCUCUGUCUCUCUCUGUUUCUCUCUCUCUCUCUCUCUCCUCCUCUCUCUCUCUCUCUCCUCUCUCUCUCUCUCUCUCUCUCUCUCUCUCUCUCUCUCUCUCUCACUGUGUGUGUGUGUAUCUUUCUAAUUCUAGUCUGUCUGAGUGAAUGGAUAGGGUAUCACAAAAGUUGCUCUUUGAAUACAAAAAAUGUGUAAACAACAAUUACGAACAAUGUGUAUACAACCACAAACAAUGUGUAUAAACUGCAAACAAUGUGUACACAACUACAAAGCUUGUGUACACAACUACAAAGCAUUGUACACAACUACAAACCAUGUGUACACAACUAAAAACAAUGUGUAUACAACUACAAACAAUGUGUAUACAACUACAAACAAUGUGUACACAACUACAAACCAUGUGUACACCACUAAAACAAUGUGUAUAUAACUACAAACAAUGUGUAUACAACUAUUAACCAUGUGUACACAACUACAAACCAUGUGUACACAACCACAAACCUUGUGUACACAACUAAAACAAUGUGUAUACAACCACAAACAAUGUGUACACAACUAAAACAAUGUGUAUACAACUACAAACCAUGUGUACACAACUACAAACCAUGUGUACACCACUAAAACAAUGUGUAUAUAACUACAAACAAUGUGUAUACAACUAUUAACCAUGUGUACACAACUACAAACCAUGUGUACACAACCACAAACCAUGUGUACACAACUAAAAACAAUGUGUAUACAACCACAAACAAUGUGUACACAACUAAAAACAAUGUGUAUACAACGACAAACAAUGUGUAUACAACCACAAACGAUGUGUACACAACCAAAAACAAUGUGUACACAACUACAACUCAGAGUGGUGGAGAGAAAAAAAUCCAUAAUGCACUUCUAAUUUUUUUGCUUGAUGUGUUUUCCUCUUGGUUACAGCACGCAGCUGAUGUCUAAAUAAGGACGAUGGGAAUAAUUGAUGAGAUGGGCCCACGAUGGCGUUACGGUAACGGGAACUAAGUGGAACCGUUCAGCGAUGUGCUAGAGCCGUUCCUGUGAGCGAUACCUGGUUGUUGAAUGUGUUACCUGGAUAUUUACGGUGUUGUUCUUGGAUGAAGAGGGUGGAUUACCUAGACAUUGGAAGUGCGUCGCCUGGAUUUGGGAGGUGCGUCAUCUAGACACAGGAGGUGCGUUACCUUGACAUAGGAGGUGCGUCACAUGGACACAAGGGGUGUGUCACCUAGACGUAGAAUGUGUGUUAUCUGGACAGAGAAGAUAUUUUGCCUGGACACAUUAUUAAGCUCCUCACACUGUAAUGGAAGUUAAGUUGUGUGGACAAAGAACGUGUGCUACCUGGCCAUAGAAGAUUUGUUACCUGGACAUAUACAUUAUGAUACCCUUGGAAAUAGAAUAUUCAUCGCCUGGACGUAGACAUGUCACCUGACAUUAGAAUGUGUUGUGGCUGGAUAAAAGUGGAUAUGGCUGUUUUCAUUAUCCUGGUCAUCUUUACGGUCCGGCAGCCAAUCGCAGUAAGUAUUGGAUUCAAUAAUAAGGGUAGGGUAGACGGUUUGUUAACUGUUCAACAAUGCCACAGGAGCAGGUCAAGAGCAGGUCAAUGAUUUCAAAAUGGGUGGGAUCAUGUCAUAAUUACCCCUCUGCAGGCAGUAAAUAAAAAGGGUCAGUCCAUUAAUGACGUCAAUCUAUUUUGGCACAACUUGGACCCUCCUACACCAUCUUCCCCCAUUUGUCAGAACGUUAGAACACUGCGUACUGUGUCAUAAGGAAGAACAUGAGAUUUUAUAGUUUAAUUCACUGUAAAGCUCCUAUCUAAAAACGAUAUUUGCGCCCCCUUAUGUUUGCGCCCGGGGUGGGUUCACCUUCACCCCCCACACACACACUUUUUUGGCAUGGAUUUCAAGUAACCUCUUAUUUUCUCCCCUUCAACUCAUGGGGAGGGGGGGGCGAUGGCGUAAACAACUGUAUUUUGUGGUCGUAAAUAAAAACGUUAUCCGACCCAGAAGUAGGAGCCUCAUGCAUCUCUUUAUAAUAUAUCAAGUCAAAAUGUGUUUCUUUGGAGGGUUUUGCAUAGGCUCCUACUUCGGAGGAGUGUGUGUAUAUAUAUAUAUAUAUAUAUAUAUAUAUACACACACUAGCGGAUAUACCCUGCAUUUGCCGGGAUAGAGUUCUAAUCAGUCGGUCUAUAGACAUUUCCGACAGCACAGAGACGGCUCUCUUGAGAGUGACCAAUGACCUCUUGCUCGCAUUGGACAGUGGUGAUAUCUCCAUCCUGAUCCUCUUAGACCUCAGUGCGGCAUUUGACACUGUUGACCAUGUAAUCCUUUUCAAAACCCUUGAAAAUUACUUUGGAAUUUCUGAUUCAGUUUUUGCUUGGUUUAGGUCCUACCUCUCUGAUAGAGCGCAGGCGGUCUCUGUCGAUGUCUGUCUCUCAUGCAGUGCUGAUUUGGUGUAGGGAGUGCCACAGGGGUCCGUUUUAGGCCCGGUUAUAUUCACAUUGUAUACCAGACCACUGCUCCUCUUGCUUGGGAGGCAUGCUGAUGAUGUCAAGUCAUGGAUGACACACAGCAAGUUGAAGCUUAAUGAUGACAAUACGGAAGCACUCCUCAUUCACAAUCACACAUCAUCCUCUUCCUCAACUCUUGCCACCUCAUUUCAAGUAGGUAACUCCGACAUAUUGUUUACACCCUCUACUAUGAAUCUUGGUUAUAUUCUUUCUAACCACAUGUCUCUCGAUAAACAUAUCUCUCACAUUUGUCGUUCAGCAUAAACCACUAUCCGUCAGAUCAGUUCCAUCCGCCAAUACCUCACAGUUAGCGCUAAAAAAAACUCUAGUCUGUGCUCUUGUUCUCUCUCUCUCAUCUUGACUAUUGCAACUCUCUUCUGUCAAGUUCACCAAAACACUGCAUAGAAAAACUGCAGAAAGUCCAAAACUCAGCUGCUAGGCUAGUUCUAAAGGGAAAAAAAACCAAAAAAAACGUGAUCACGUCACUCCAAUACUCCACUCCCUUCAUUGGCUACCUAUACAGGCACGCAUUGACUACAAGUUUUUUGUUCUCUGUCACAACUUUUUUCUUGGAUUCCUGCCCUUCCUAUCUAACCGAACUUCUUUCUGUCUAUUCACCCCUUCGACAGCUUCGCUCCUCCGCAGACACGCGUAUUCUGUCCUUUCCCAAGACACACACUAAAACAUAUGGUGAACGAUCUUUCUCUUUCUGCGCCCCCAACAAUGGAAAUUUUUUGCCACUACACAUCCGCAAUAUACCAACCACCCAGGCCUUCAAAACUGCACUCAAAACACAUCUCUUUAAACUAUACUACCCUGACUGAUUCUCCUCCUCUGACCGAUAAAUGAUCUUGCUGGUUGCCGUCCAUGGUUUGCCUAGUAAAAGUCCUGGGGCUCUUGCUGUUCUUUAUUUCAUAAUUGUAUUUGAUUUUAAUGUCAUGAUUUGUUCUCUUUGGAUAAUAUUUUUAUGUACAGCGCGUUGAGCCCAGCCCUAGGCUGGGGUACCGCGCUAUGAAAGAACACUAAUUAUUAUUAUUAUUAUUAUAGCAUUCGAAACGAAGGAACUUCUACAGUCUACAGCCUUAUAAUUAUUCCGAUCCCGGUGGGCUCCCAAUCCCGCCAGUAUCCCGCUGCCGUUAGUACACCAAUUCCCAGUAGUGGGAUUCCGAUCUCUCUGGAGCCCAAUCCCGGUAUGAUCCCAAUCAUGUCGGUAUUCCGAUUCCGAUAUCUCUGAGUAAUUAUUUUUUGAACUCGAAAAAUUAUACAACUAAAUGCACUUAUAAUACAUUUCAGCUAAAAGAGUGGGCCCAGUGGGGGCCCAUUCCAUAAUUUUACCGAAUCAGUUUUGCCUGAGAUGGGGACCCCAUAAAAUCAUUCAGAUAAAUUUUUGGAGUCAAAAUUUAAAAUUUGUCCGACUAAAAUCGGUUUAAAAAUGCCAUUCAUAUAGCUUUUUAAAAUUAUCGAACUUUCUGGAAAAUUCUAGAUUGGAUAUUCUUAGUUUUAAAUCCACCGACAUUUCAAUAUCGACAAUGAAGUGUAUUGCUACCCCGAUAGGCAUGUCACCAUCAUUCACAAAGAAACUUAUAGUGUGUCUAAGCCUAUUAAUAUUCAUAUAGCUUAAAUAAGGAAAAAUGAAAUGGGGCCCCCUGGCCCCAGAGGGAUGAAUAUUAUGAGUUCAGUAACCUUCGAUAUUUUAAUGUGGAUAAUCAAGUGUAGUGUACGUGUACUAAGUUUGGUCAAGAUCCAUCUAUUAAUGAAGGAGUAUUCUUUGUUAAUUUUAUUUAUAUACUUUGAAUUGGAAAAAAAAACUCAUUUUGGGCCCACUGCCCCAAAUGGAUUGUUAUAAAAAGUUCAUUACCCCACAGUAUUUGAUUCUGGAUAAUGAUGGAUAUAUGUGCCAAGUUUGGUCAAUAUCCAUCAAUCCAUGUAAAAACGUAUGUGGAAAAAACGUUUAAAAAAGUUUGGUCAAUAUCCAUCAAUCCAUGUAAAAACGUAUGUGGAAAAAACGUAAAAAAAAGUUUGGUCAAUAUCCAUCAAUCCAUGUAAAAACGUAUGUGGAAAAAAUCCACCCACAAACAAACAUUCACAUGAUAUAAUAAUAAUAAUAUAUGUAUAGGCAAAAUAUAAAAUAGUAUAUAUAAAUUUGGCAUUGCUUAAUUUCAGCUUUCAUAAUUUUAUUUCAAAAAAUUAAAUUUUGGAUCUUUAAAAUGUUAUUUUUAAAAACUAGGGGAGAGGCAGAGGGGACAUGCAUUUUCAAUCGCUUUUCUCAAAUCCCUAACAUCUAAUUACAAACUAAUAUUACUGAAAUAACGUUUCGACAUUCAUUUUACAUGUUUAAAGAAAAAGGGAGCAUAAAAUAAUACAUCUUUUAAGGGAAAUUAUUGUUUACGCGUUUUAUAUUUUUAAAUAAAUAUAUAUUUAGGGUAUUUAAGAGACAUUUUUCUUUUUAUAAAUGUUGUGGUAGUGUCUUUUACUAAAUAAUUAAAGAAAUCAUCACAGAAUAUUGGUAUAGAAAUCUUGAUUAUUGUUUUCCAACUUUAAUUAUGUAGUUUUAACAAACUAUAAAUUUAACAUUCUAACCUAAAUAUAUAUUUAUUUUAAAAUUCAUAACAAUUCGACAUCUUCAUGAUUGAAUAUAAUUCUCUAGAUGGCAUGUAAUUCAAAUGCCUAUAACCAAGAAUAGUAUAUUGCUCCUAAGAACCCACUCUCCAAAGAGACCCUAGCAGCUCCACUUGGACGUGCUCAAAGUGGCCACCACAGGCCACGCGCAAAAUCAUUAACACGCACCCCUCCCCAUACAUUACAAUAGAAUUAAGUUUCAAUACCAUUGCUUCCAUACGCCGUCUCUCCAUUUAUUUUUUAUCUUUUACUUUGGUGUGUAUUAUUAUCUCUCUGUAUCUAUAUCUGUAUGUUAUACUCUCCCCCGUCUCUCUACCUGCCUCUCUCAGUCUCUCUCUGUAUGUCUCUCAUAUAUGACUGUCUGUCUGACUCACUCUUUCUGUAUUGUCCUGUCUUUCGAAUUCAAGCUUCCACAUACCUUCUCCUACUACUCCAACCCCUCAAUCGUCGAAUUCGAUAGAUGGUCCCGCAUACACUCCAGGAAGCGUUGAUAAGUUUGAUAAAGUUGCAUACACCAUCAGGCCCACCUGUUGCUUUGUGCGGACCUUAGAGAAACAUAUUUAAGUCAGUUUCAAUGUUUGUUCGUCUGUGUCCAAUCAUUUAAUAAAUGGUAUGCACACAUCUAACAAGUCAGUGAUACCCCGUGUCAAAACGCUCAAAGGGGAAAAUGGAGUUAAACGGGAAGUCUAGGGUGUCUGAAAAGCUGACUGACGCAUUUCCCAACAUUAUGAUUUGACACUCUUUAAACCACGGAGAGCAAACCCGUGCUUCGCUUCUUAUGAGCUCUUGUUUAUUCGUUUAAUUUUAUAAAUUGAUCAACAAACAAAAUCACAAAAUUUAGGCCUAACGAUCAAAAUCAUUAUUUUCAAACUUUCUUAUUUAUGUAUUGUUCUUUAUAAACGAUGAAUUUUAAUUUUUUAAUGCUAAUAUAAAUUAAUGGAUAUUCAUCUUCCAUUCGGGAAUUAAGGCUGUCUAAUAAAUAUUGUAGAUGGCAUGUGAUUACUUGCCCACAAUAACUGAAGAGAAAAGGGAAACAAAAUCAGCCAUAUUAGUAUUGAUGAUGAUCCAACGCCUCUCAAUAGUAGGGAAGCAUCGCUUAACAAUGAAUGGCUCUCAGAUGCCCUUACCAGUAGCGUCUCGUAUGAGGGCUCUCGGAUGCCCUUGCCAGUAGCGUCUCGUAUGAGGGCUCUCGGAUGCCCUUGCCAGUAGCGUCUCGUAUGAGGGCUCUCGGAUGCCCUUACCAGUAGCGUCUCGUAUGAGGGCUCUCGGAUGCCCUUACCAGUAGCGUCUCGUAUGAGGGCUCUCGGAUGCCCUUACCAGUAGCGUCUCGUAUGAGGGCUCUCAGAUGCCCUUACCAGUAGCGUCUCGUAUGAGGGCUCUCAGAUGCCCUUACCAGUAGCGUCUCGUAUGAGGGCUCUCGGAUACCCUUACCAGUAGCGUCUCGUAGGACAACUGAACGUCACCUUCUUUUGUGGCUCAUGACACAACAUUUCUUACAUUGACCAGCGACAUUUUUUAAAUUAGAAAAAAAAAACGCUGUCAUUUUUAUCAGAUAUCUCGUUAAAUUCACAAUGCACGCUGUUGUUUAUUUUAUUUCAGAUUUAGAGUUGUCACAACACAUGUUUUUUUUGGUUUUUUAAUAAAAUCGAUACGUAACGCGCCCCCCCCCCCCUUUUUUUUUUCCUUUCUGGUGGACGCGGAAUACUUACUAUUUUAACGAACGUAUCCUCUAUAGAAGAACAUGCAGCGGAAACUAUAGUGUCCACCAUUACCUUUUUUUUUCUCUUGAAACUCAUCAAAAGCUUGAGGCUAGGUAAGGUUNGGGGGGGGGGGGGGGCGUAUUAAAAAAAAGAUGAGGGUUCAAAGAAUCUAUGGAAUACGGGAGUGUUCUACUAGAAUUCCAUCCUUACGUCUAGGAAUGUAACGAAAAGUACACACAAAAAUUCUGUCUUUGGUGAUUUAUGACACAGCAUUGUUUAACUUGAGUAACGAAAUUUAAAAAGAAAACAAUAUCCUCUGACAGUUUGUUUUAAAAUAUAUUUUAGCUUGCGCGUUGAAGUCAAAAUUCGCGAAUAAGUAAUUUUUUUAAAAAUAUAUUGAAAUUGUAUUAUCAUUUACAGAUGUCAUAUAGGCCUACGUAUGUCCUAGGUCAAUAGACUUAACUGCAGAACCAUCAACAGGUGUCCGGGCAUUCCCGCUCAAGGCUAAAACCAGUGCCUGAUUUUUAUCAAUUUAUUUUAAAUGGAUUUUUAAAAACAAUUGUUUUUAAAAAAAAACAAUUUUUAAACGUCUGAAUUACUUCAAAAUUGAAAACUGUAAAAAGUUUUUUGGAGAGUGUAAUGUUUAAUUGUUAAACACUGGGCGAAGGUUCUAUUGUUAGCGACAUAUCAUAACACAUUAAUGUGUGUCUGGUCGCCAUCGAUUCUAUGAAGGUUCUAUUGUUAGCGACAUAUCAUAACAAAUUAAUGUGUGUCUGGUCGCCAUCGAUUCUAUGAAGGUUCUAUUGUUAGCGACAUAUCAUAACAAAUUAAUGUUCUAUUGUUAGCGACAUAUCAUAACAAAUUAAUGUGUGUCUGGUCGCCAUCGAUUCUAUCAACCCCGUGAUUAUAUUGAUUUUGAUCGUAGAAUGUUAUGCACCCCCCCCCCCCCCCCCCCCCCCCCCCCCCCCCCCCCCCCAGCCGCACCACCCCCAUCUCACGGGCCAGAGCACCCUUUAUUCGAAGUCGAAGUGUCCAGGUAAAAAUACUAUAAUAUUGAUCGAUCGAAUUCGAUUAGCUGUGACCUCCCAAUCAAUAUCAAUAGACUUAUUACACGAGUUAAACAAUAGUGAGGAAUCAAUGAUUCGAUCUUCUCGUGCCUGCUGUCAGACACAUUGAUCUCAUCUAUACGACCGGUUCUGUAUUUUAACACGCCACAUUGCUUGCUAAGUGAGGUCUAGAUAUUGGCUCCCUCAGGCGAAUUGUUGUCUCGGAGUCGGAGCCCCGACCUCAGACACGGGUUUAGGACUGAGAAUAUCUAGUGCCUGGUUAUAUAUUGAUCAAUUAGGUUAUUAGGACUAUGUCUUUGAUGACGUAACCUUUAGAGGCUUAUUUCAAUUUCUAGCUAUAGCAUUGAAUUCAUGUAGUUUUUGUCUAUAUUAUUAACCGCAAACUGAAAUGGUAUGGCCUCGUGACAAGAAAACAAUGACUCGCCAAAGAAAUCAUGCAGGGCACAACGAGAGGAGGGAGAAGAAGAGAAAGACAGAGAAAAAGAUGGGAAUGAAACACCAAAGAGUGGACGGGAUUAAAGCUAGGCGAUGCUGUGCGAAGUGCAAAAAACAGAGCGGAAUGGAAAGGGGGGGGGGUGGUAAUUUUCGUGUCAUCCUUGGCGCCCCAACGAUCCAAGGGCUGAGGGACAUGUGAUCAUGAUGAUUAACCCUUAAGGGUAUGCGCCCCUUUCGCGUUGCAGCAUUCACAUUUAUGUUUGCUUACGUCAAAUAAAGUACAUUCAGUUUUGUUAUUUUUGCACUAAGACAUCUAAUUUUCAGUAGAGCAAUAGACAAGUAAGCAGUUACCGAAUACUUAUGAAGGGGCGGUGGAAAUCAUUGCCCACUCCAAGCGGCCAUCUUUUUUCUUUAUCUUGAAGGGUUUCAUUGUUUUACCAGCCAUUCAAUUUUUACAUUGGAAGGGGCGGGUCACUGAUAGUUAGACAUCUCUAUGCAAAAUAUAUUAUAUCCUCCAGGGUGACGAGGUUGGGCGGAGAGGGGGGGGGGUCGACCUUAACUAUCAGGCAUCACCCGAUGAGCUGACGCGACGGUAGCUACCCGCUACGAAAAUAUUAUUAUUGGUUGUAAUGAACAAAAUACCACCUGCUUAAACAUAUAUUUUUUUGUUGUUUUACAUAAGAAAUUUGGCCUCGAAAGAUGAUAUCCUCUCUGUCGAACACAAGUCGUACGAUCUCAUAAGAACAUCUGCAAACAGAAAGGAUGAACGUAACGAUUGAGCGCGCUUUAAAGAUUUCUGCCGGCGUUCAGCUCUACUCUUCUCUACACUCUGCGCUGCGAUUUUUCAACAAAAAAUUGUAUGUUUUCAGAAUAUUUAAAAACAAUUGAUUUGGUUUGUUUUAAAGCCAAGAGGAUGAGCGGAGAGAAAAUUUAUAAAUAUUUCACAAGAAUUCGCAUAAAAUUUCACCAAAAGGGCGAAUGCCCCGUUAUUUAAAGAACGAGUGGAUUUUUAAGUUGACCCAGUUACCGCCCCUGCGUUCUAAAAGGACGAAAAAGUGCUUGAUGGCGAAAGUGCAGACUAUGAAAAAAUUUUAAAAAGUGUUAAAUAGUUUAUGCAAAAAACAUUUACAAGAAACGGCAAGAUAGCUUCACGUAUUAGGUUCAUAGAAACGAAUAAUGAAGAGGAAUUUUUUAUGGAGUCUCGCAUGACUGCUCAUGACACUUCAGUUUCAGCAAUUGCGAUUCAACUUGGACUUGGUCCGCUUUUUUGGAUCUAAAAUCUAAAUCUAGGUAAAAUAAAUGGAAUCAUUAAUGGUGAUGACCUGUGAACCAAGCCAUCACAGGAAUCUUGUCAAUAAUUGGUUGACCUGUCACAUGUCAUCAGUGAUAUCAUAUAAUAUGUCAUAGCACGAUAAAUGGAAAUGUAUUAAAUACCUCUGAUCGAUUUUAUGAUGUUUUUUUUUAGUUUGUUUUUGUUUUGUAUUCUGUCACUUCAGUUUCAGUUUUUUUUGUUGUUUAAAAUUGUUUUCUUUUAUUUAGAGACUGUUGUUUUUAUUUUUGUGUAUAGUCGCUAUCAACAUUAUAAAACAUAAAUCAAAUAAGUUUAUAGUUUAUUCAAAUAUAGGCCUACUUCUGCCUUUAUUUAUAAGUGACACCAGGGCCAAUUCAUUUAGACAUUCAACCUUAACUUCUCAACCCUCCAUCCGCCCCUGUAUCCCCCCCACCCAUAUUCAUUCCAUAGACAAGAUCGCCCUUGUGCGAUGUUUGGCCUUUCUUGGGCCAUUGACCUGAUGGACAAGGGCAUCAUUUCAGGGUUUUUCAAGAGAGGGGGGGGGGGCGGACUAAAACUUGGUCGGCUUGUUAAGUUGUUUAUAACUGGAGGCGCCACAGUACGUGGCCAUUUUAAUAAAAACCUGCAAAUUGAGUUGGGGGGAUGGGGGCAAAUGUCCCACCCUGCCCUACUCAAAUGACAUUCCUGCCGAUAAGUUUCCGGUUUGAAGAAAAUAAUUAAGUUUACCUUAUUGAUAGUCGAUGCCUACCUAUGUCAAUGUCAGGUAUAAUAUGUUCAAAGUGGCUAUUCGCACCUGGGUAUCAGAAGUGAGAGGUUGGGAUUAAAAAACUAUUUAAAAUAUUAUUGUUGGGUUUGUAAAAAGACAAAAUUAGGUAUCAAAUGAAAGAUAGUUGAAUGGACUAUAUGUUUGUAAUCUUAAUUCUUCAGUUUAAGUAAAAUAAACUACAACAUAUGACAUCCGAAUAGCAUUUAGUCAAAAUGGAUCUGAACACGCAUGGCCGCCAUUCAGACCCGGGUCCCAUUAGACUCAAUGGUUUUGUUUUUUUUUUGUUUUUUUUUAACAAUUACCUAUAGUGCAUGUAGGCCUACUUGUACAAAAUAGCGAGCUUUAGUAAAUGAAAAACAUCAACUAAUUAAUCUUAAAGUUUUAAUGAACAUUAAUGGGUUAUAAAAUUGAUUGUAAUUAAAAAAGCAAAAACAUUUUUAAAUAUUUAAAAGUUAAUUUUAAAAAAGUCCAUUAACUCUUAAAGCAAAAUUUCUAACCUCUUGAACUUAAUUAAUGUCAUGAAAUCUUAUGUUUGCACAGUUCGCAAAAGCCCAAGGCUUACAGUUGACAUGUCCACAAGGUAGGUGCCAACCAGCGGAAGCUAUUUCUUAAUAUUACAACAAUUGCAUAUAUGCUAAAACCAAUUGAUAGGUGGUACAGCCAUUCUAUGGAUCACAAAUGUUAUAAUUAAGAUUAUAAUUAAUUAAUAAUUAUUAUUAUUUUAAAUAAUUAUAAUGUGUCCAUCUGUGUCCAGAUACACUUUAAAGUUUUCCCAUUACAUUAUAUCUAUACAGUCUUAGUCCUACAAACCAUCAUUCCUUUCCCUGGGGCUAAGACAGCAAAGCAAGGAUUGGCGAUAAUUUUAACGCUGUAAUUUUUUUUUUCAUAAGUUUUGCUUCAAUAACCAGUGGCUGGUGGCUUCUAUCAAAAACCCUAAUUUAAUACUUUUCGUUUUAGAUUCUACAUUAGGCUAAAUCUUAGACUUAUGUCACUUAUGGACUUAGGGUUACACUGAGGACAGAUGCUGUACACUUACACAGUCUGGACCAGACCAUUUUCUUGGGAAUAUUGAAUAUUAUUAGUAUUUAGUAUUAUAUCGAUAUUUUAUUUAGAUUAGAUUCUAUGGCAUAGUGGAUAUAUUGCUUCCACCUAUGGAGCUGGCUGUUUUCUUUGAUUAACCUACCCCUCCCCUUUUUUCCUUGGGACUUAAUGUUCAACUUUGACUUGCCUCAUGGCAUGGAAUGCAUAUAAUUUUUAAGAGUAAUAAGUUUCAAUUCUUAGUUUUUUCUUGCUUAUAAAAAAAAAAAAAAUUCAUUUAAGUUUCUCUAAUUUAAAUGUUAACAACACUGAAAAAAAUUUGCUUUAAGAUAACAUUUGAGACAUGAUUGGCAAAAUAUUGCAGGUUGGUUUGAGAUUUACAGCAAAUGUUAUCUUCCAAUUCCAUGGCUGAGAUUCUCUUGGGACCAAGCUUCGAAACAAUGUCAGAAGUGAGACAAAACAUAUAGGGAAAGAAAUUAAUAAUCUCUUUUAAAAAUGUAAAAUUUUAAAUAAAAAAACAUUUUCAAUUCAAUACACACAAGGCUAAGAAAAGCAUUAUUAAAAAAAACACAGAAACUAUUAUUAUUAUAUGUUAUGUAGUUUUUUUUAAAGUAAAAUAAUCAUAACUCGUUUUUAAAACCAUUUUUAUUAAAUGUAUCCUACAUUGCUGAUUACCAACAGGUUUUCAUUUCAUUUUCCCUUUUAACCAAAACAAGAUGUACUGCAAUAUCUCUUGAAAAAUUGUAAUUUAUUCUUAAAAUAUCUAUACAUGCAGCAAGGAAUUUUUUUUUAAAUUUGAAGAUAUGGAGGUGAACUGGUCAAACCAACUGGUGCUUGGCUGACAGAGGAAAUCAGAGUCCUUGCCACUAACGCUGACAACACCACCAACAGCAUUUGGACAGGUCAGCCUCAUUGUGUACACAGUAGAUAGUUGAAAUUAGAUGAUUGUUUAAAAAAUAUCUAUGUAUUUACUUCUCUUGUUUGAAUCAUUUUCUGAGGUCAAAAUAAAAUAAAUACAUCUUGUUGGACAGGUUAUUACAGAGAUGACUUCUCCUUGGAUGAUACCAUCGGCUACUGGAGUGAUGGAUCACUGGCAACAGUUGACGUUGGAGACUGGGGCUACAAUGAGCCCAACAUACAGGUCAGUACACUACACAGUCACUUGCUUUCAGCUUUGACUGAAAGUAUUUUUUUUAAAUGACAUAAGCUAAUUAUACCAGUGAAUGGAGAUAAAUAGGCGUUUAUAAUUUUUAUAUAAGACUAUUACUGUAAAAAAUAUUUGGAGAGAUUUUGAAUGGAGGAUGUUUGUGUUUGUUUGCAUGAACUAUUGAAACAUUAUUUUAAAAAGAUACUAAUGGCUUUUUUUCCAUCUCAAGAAUAUUAAAUUUUUAUUAUUUUUUUAGCAAUUAACCCACAUGUAAAAUUCAAAAGCAUAAAUGUGUUAGACAACCUAUUUAUUAAAUUUCUGCCUAUGUUUCAAGGAAAUGUUUUUUUUAAAAAGGUUUCUAUUAUCUUAUUAUAUUCUAUACUAUAUCAAAAUUUUUAUUUGCAACACAUUAAAGGGAUCUUAGAUCAUUAGAUUAUUAGAAACUAAUAAUUGUCUUAAAAGAAAAAGAAUUUUUGUUAAGUUAUUAAAUGUUAAGACUUCACCAAGUUGAUCUUUAAAAAAUAUGAUUCUAGCCACAUCUCUCUACAAUUUUUUUUACCUAAAACUUCAUAAUUUCAUUCAAAUUAAUGAAGUAAACAAAACUUCUCUAUACCAGGCUGGAAAGUGUGCUGCAGUUUCAAAAAGAAACAAUCGCUGGAACUGGUUUAUGCAGCUUUGUGAGGAACCUAAAUCAGUUGUAUGUGAAGCUUUGCUUUGUCCUAAAGGUGAUAAAUGACAUACUUGUAAAUAUAUGAUUUAGAAAUCGCUUGAGGAACAUUCUGAUUCAGUUUAAUUGGAUGAUGUUUUAUUAAAAAAUGUUCAUUCCCUUGCAGUCUUGCAUCCCCCUUUUCCAUAGCUCUUGUUUUAACUGACAUCAAAAUAACUUACGCAUGACCCUACAGAUAUAUUUCUUUUCAUCAACAGGCAUGUUCCGCUGUGACACUGGGCGUUGUAUAUCAUAUGAUCUGUCUUGUAAUGGAAUAGACAACUGUGGGGAUCUUUCAGAUGAAAGAAAUUGUUGUAAGGCGAUUUCUGUCUUGUCUAAAUUUUAAAAAUUACAUCAGAAGUUUUCUAAGCGUUUUAGAUUGUUAGAUGUAAAAAUAUAAGAAUGGCAAAUUAACCUAUUAAUUCCUGUUGUAUAUCUGUUUCAGCUCAGAACUGCUCCUAUUAUAUACUUGCCAAGCAAG